UUUUCUACGUGUCAGUAUAUUUGGCAAGAGAAGGGAGAUGGUGAAGCCUUUUGAACGUGGAGCUAAGAAACGGCACCACAACCCCGUGGACAGCAUCUGCAGGAAGAUCAAAUCCAUCCAAAUGAUGGACCAAGUCUCCAACCCGGCUUUGCAGAUACCAAAAUUUCAGUCCCAGAGCUUUGACAGCCCACAGAGCAGUACCAAAAAAAAUCUGGAAGAAUUACUGAAAGGGAGAACCUGCAGAAGUCAGGAGAGUACUUGUUUAUCCUUGGUCAGCCCUGACAGAGACAGCAUUUUCUCUGCAGACUUGCCUGGUCCUGGGGCCACCUCUGGCUCCUACUCUGCAGAAGCCACCCUUCCAAUCCUUAAAAGCAGUGAGCGAUCCAGCAGCUCAUGGAUGCCUCCAUAUCCCGUGGAGAGCUCUUCUCCAUACUGCUUUGGGCCCAGGGAGGCCAGUGCCCAGAACAAACAGUGUGCUCUAGCAAAUGCUGAACCUAAAGAUGUGCAGCCCAAGCAGAAGUAUCUGACAUCAAGUCCAAAUUAUUUCUUCACAUCUGAAAAAAAUCCAGAAAGUGCUGUGGUCCAACCUCCUAUGCCAAAGACAUUUCUUUCAAGUGAAAGAGGAGGGAGACAAACUCAGGGGUACAAAGCCAACAACAUGUACGAUGUGAGCUUGAUCUGUGAAGAGGACCUGCUGACCACCAUCUUCUGUGCAUGUGACACCAACCACACAGGAAAAGUGGCAGUGUCCAAGAUAGUUGAUUAUUUGAGACAAACGACCAGCCGGGGAUCAGAGGACAGUGGUCUUGAAGAGCUGUGCAACAUGCUUGACCCAGAGCACAAAGAUAUCUCUUUGGACCUGGAAAAGUAUCACACCAUCAUGGGAGAGUGGAUUGAAGACUGUAAGAGAAAAUGGGAAGAAGGUGCUACUGAAGAAUCAUCAGCAAGCACAGAAGACCUGGAACUUCAAACACCUAAAAACAUCUCUGAAGCCAAAAAGACCCAUGUCUGGAUGGAUGUUACAUCGGGAAGCCUGGAGGCCUUUGGGGGUGAUGUAUCUAAAGGAGACAUGGAGACCUCUGACUUGAUAACCUGUGUUGCGGACCUGCAGUACAACAACCAGAAGCUGCAGGAGGAAAACAACAAACUGAAGCUCACCAUAGAAGCUGUGGAUGAGGCCAACAGCAAGCUCCUGGUAGAUAAUGAGCAUCUACAUCAAAAAUUAAAAAGUAUCCAGCACUCUGUGUUGAAGGCCAAAUCCCUGGAAGAAGAGCUAGAGGAAGCAAGAAGCAACCUGAACCUGUCAGAAGAGAAGAGAGAGCAGAUUCUUUGUCAGAACAAACAGCUGGAAAAAGAAAAUCAGUCUCUCAACAUCAAAGUUACUUCUCUCCAGGAAGAGAUUAUUAGGAACAGCAUGGACACCAACAGGCUGCAAAAGAAGAUUUUGGAGUUGUCUAAAAAUGCAGCACAGCUUCAAAUCCAAGCACGUAUCUCUGAGAGCACUGUGGUGAAUAAAGAGGCAAGCCUGAUCCAGAAGGAGCAGGACAUCAAGGAUCUCAAGUUAACCAUUGUGGAGUGUUCCUCGAUAAUAGAGAUACUGAAGGCUGAAAGAAAUAAACUGCUGGAGAACAUCCAACACAUGCAGCAAGAGCUGAUCUCGAAUGGGUUGAGUUUCCCACUGUGUAAAUUUAACAGCUAUAUUCCUGAAGAGAUGAAUUCACUGCACUGUGAACUGGAGCUUGCACAGUCUUCUGAGAUUAUCAGGACUGAAGGGACAUCCCUGGAUGAAACACUGGACCGUGAAGUGCUGCUUUUGCUUCAGGGGCCUGAAUAUGCAGGAGAAAAAUUCAAGACUAUCAUGCAAAACCUGGUCAGUGGCAAAGCUUACAUGGAUAAGGGUGUUGUCUUUGAUCAGCAAUUUAAGCAAGCUCUCAAGCAAGAGCUAGGAGAAAAAAGAUGUCUUUGGACACAGAAGCUCCAUCUUUUGGAAAAAUGCAAUGAGUCCUUAGACAAGGAUUUUAUUCGAGUGGCAGGCAACCUGAGGAGAACCAAGACAGAACUACUUCAUCUAAGGAAAGAGCUCUCUGCUAGACAAUGCGAGAUAGAAACUGCUAAACAGCUACAUGAAGAAACUGCUGGCCAGGCAGAAAUCCUACGUUUAGAGCUGCAAAAAGCCACCAAGCAACUGGAGGAUGCCAGCAAGCACGCAGAGGAUCAAGUUGAAGCAUUUCACUCUGCUUGUGAGGAAGCAGCAUCCUUGAAGAGCAAGUUGGAGGAAGCCAUUUCUGAGCAGCAGAAUCUCAGGGAUGUGAUUGCAGCUUUAGCAAGCACUUGCCAGUUGCUUCAGAAGAAGGUGGAAGACCACAAAACAACUGCUAAUGCCCUGAGAUGGGAACUGCUGCAGAGGCGACUCUGUGAAUUGCUGUGCCAGUGCUGUGCAGAGUUAGAUUCUGACUAUGCUUUGCUGCCCACAUCAGCUGAACACGUAGAAGGGAAGCAGAUCCAUUGCUCCAAACGACCAUGGAGUGAAAGACCCACCUUGUACUCUGGCUUUCCCUGGGUGCUGCCUUCAAGUGUUUCACACUGGCACAGCUCCCCUCUGCUAGAUGCUCUGACCUUGGAGACCUCCUGCCCAAAUAAUCCUCCUGGGAACAGCUGGGACCGGCCUUGCAGGCAGAGCUCUGGCAGCUGCACCUUGGAGAGGUGUGAUGUGGGACACGUGUCCAGCUCAGAUGUGACAUCAGGAGAAUGCUGGUGGAAAGUAUGCUCUGCUGAUGACUACACUGAUGCAGACCUUCCUGUUUCCAUUACAAUGAUGGACUCUUCACUUGCCGAGAUUGACUGUGGGGAGUCAACACCACAAGCCACUCUGAUCCCAUCCAGCGAUCACUUAACAUCAGCCCAAGAAGCUUUUGCAUCCGAGGCAAGCACAGCACCAGUACCGGCCUGCCUUGCUAUGGAGGAAAGAUCAUCCAAAGCCUUACAUGAGAGAGGGGAAGAUUCUUCUGUGGCAAAGGAGACAAAUGGCGAUAAGGGCCCAGCUGCUCCUGUGUCAGGACCAAGUCAGAUCAAGAAGGAAUUCUGCCUGGUGAUGGAAGAACACAAGCCUGUGCUUCAAAAUGUUUUGAAGCAAGACCUGGAGGUGGACCAGGAAAAGAAAAAUAAUAAAGAGAGGAGUGAGGAAGCACCAGCUGUGGUUCCAGGCAGGAAAGCGAGUUCACCCACUGCAGGUGGUAUUAAAGGAGAUAAAACCAAGCAAAAUGAGCUUGACUCCUCAAAUGAGAAGGAAGUGGAGGCUGAAUUUCUGAGGCUGUCUUUAGGUUUUAAGUGUGACUUGUUUACCUUGGACAAGAGAGUGAAGCUCGAAGAGAGGUCCCGAGACCUGGCUGAAGAAAACUUGAAAAAGGAGAUCGCAAAUGCUGUGAAGAUGUUAGAGGCAUUAAUUCCUUUGUGUGAAGAAGAUAACCAAGCACAGGAGAUCAUUAAGAAGCUGCAGAAAAGCCUGCAGUUCCUUAGCCAGUACGCAGCUCGAGUUGCCAGCAGAGCAGAGAUGUUGGGAGCUAUUAAUCAGGAGAGCCGGGUGAGCAAGGCUGUGGAGGUGAUGAUCCAGCACGUGGAGAACCUGAAGCGCAUGUACGCCAAAGAACACGCGGAACUUGAGGAGCUCAAGCAGGUCCUGCUCCAGAACGAGAGGUCCUUCAGCUCCCUUGGAGACAGAGAUGAAUCUACAAAUAAGAAGCUACCAAGUCCUUUUAACUUUAAGCCCUCGUCAGCCCUGCGGAGAGUUAGCAUUGCAACAGUGCCCAGGAGUGCUGGGAAUGCAGGAAUUGGGGUACCACUGGCCCAGUUCCAUGAAUCCAAUGGGGAUGAACGAAGUGACAGGUUCAGCAGGAGAUCAAGCAGUUGGGGCAGGCUAGGGGUGAAGCAGAAUGAGAAGCGUCCUUCACUGCAGAGGUUCCUCAGCACCUAUUCCUGGGCAGAGUAUGAGGAGGAGCAUUUUGAAACCAAAAAUGAGCAGUUGGAGUCACCUGCUGAAGUACAGGGACAACUACCUAGGAAGGAAAGUGUCUCUGAAAAAGGAAAAUACCCACCCAAAUGGACCCUGGAGUCAAUGUACAAUUUGCUGUCAGCCUGGGCAUCCCACUUCAAGGCUUCCUUCAGCAACGCUAACAAAACCUUCUGGGUGUCCGUGUCCAUGCUGGUCCUGCUGGCUGCUCUCACGAGCUUCCUGAUGGGGCUGUCCCUGCAGAGGCCAGCAGAUGCAGCCCCUGUGGGCACUGGGGACUCCUGGACACUGGUGCAGCAGCUGCUGUGGCCCUACACAGGACUGCAACACAACGGCCCUCCCCCGGUAUAACCCCGGCUCCGCUGCCGGAGCUGCGCUGCCACGCUCUGCCGGACAGGAGCUGAGGCUGCCCUCGAUUUAAGGUUACGUGUCUGGGUUUCUUUUGUUGGGUUGGGGGUAUUUUUGGGGAGGAGAUUAAUUUUUUUUCUUUAAAGCAUGACUUGGAAUUUUUUUUAAAAAAAAGGUAUUUUUCUUCCCAUUCUGGCAAAAGUUAUCUUUGAAAGUAGCUAAAAGGGUCUCAGUUCUGUUGAGGUUUACAAUAGAACAGCAAUUUUUAAUAUUGUUAACAAUAAACACGUCUAGGUGGUCUAGCCACAAGAGAAUAAAGAAUUUAUUUUGCUUGAACAAAGAUAAAAUGUUUGCAUUUUAGAACCUGUUUCAGUGAUUUGAACAGAAAAGGAUUUAAGACUUGAAAUGUAACUUUUUUGAAAGCUUUUGAUAAUAAAGUUUUGAAGGAAA